AUGUCCGACAUCCCAAGCGAACCCGCAACAACAAAUCAUCCACUAUUCCGUUACACCAAGCCAGCAAGCUCGCAGGCGUUACAGGCGACUCCAGUUGUUUCGUUACAGUUUCCAAACCCAUUCCCGAGCAAUGAAUCCGCUAAGCGGAAAGACGGCGACGUGGUUAGCGUUCUCUCCUUCACACCCGCAGCAGCAGAAGAGGAUAAGGAGAACAAGGAGAAUGGCAGCCAGAUCCGACGGUCCACCCGUUCGCGAUCUAAAGGCCUGGCUCCGCUUUCCCAGCCUUCCCCAGAUGCACCUCCUUCAGGACCUCCUCCCAGCCGUCGAUCUUCUUCCAGAUCCCGGGGUGCGAAGAUCCAACGGCGGGGAACAGCUUCUCCUUCCGAUGAGCUUGCGGAGAAGCUUGAGCAGGUGCAGCUAGCGUUCAAGGCCAUGGACGCUAACGAGGCGACUCAUAACGCGGAUGGAGGCGCAAUGGCACGUGCCGCUGAUCAAGACAGUGACGUUAACGCUGACUCUAAGAGAGCUGUACCAAUGGAAAGUACGGACAUGAUGGCUGACGGAGACGGAGACGGAACGGGAGAUCGAGCGGGAGCAGAGAAUAAGGAAGCGGAUUGUCCAGAGAAGCAGCCGAGGGGAAGAGGAAGACCACGGAAGGUGGCGAAGCCUGCUCCUGCACGGUCCCGAUCGACUGCUGCACCUGAAGAGGAGGUCGUGGUAGCAGCUGUUGCUGCUGGCGAAGCUGCUAUUGCCGAGGAGACAGCAGGUGCAGAUAACGCAAAGGAAGUGGAAGAGGUGGAGGAAGUACAGGAGGUGGAGGAGGUUGUGGGAGACGAGAAGAAGAAAGAGGACGCAGCAGAAACUGUUAUUGGCAGUGACGUGGAAAGCUCGGCUGCUGCAGCAGGCAAGCGCGGAGGUGCCAGAGGGCGCCGAGGCAAGAAGGCAGCAGUUCCCGAAGCUGUUGACGAGGCUAAACCUGCUGAAGCUACCCAGCCCGUCCCUGCUGAAACGACCCCGCCCGUUGAUCCGGCUCGAGUGGAAGCUCCAGUAGAGAAGAGCCUUCCUCCCGAAAAGGAAAUCAAGGCAGUCGUUGUGGCUGCUGAAAGUAGUGCGGCCGCUGUGGCCGUUUCCACUGGUGAUGCUUCUGGAUCUUUUUCGCCUGAACGCGAGGGUGGUGCGUCGGUUGCUGCUGUAGCUGUGGGUGGUGGUGAUGAUAAGAACGUUGGUGCAUCCGCUGACGUGGCACUGGAAUGUGCUGGCCAAAUGGCCGCUGACGUGGAGGGCGAAAAGGAAGAAGAGGAAGUAAAGGAGGAAGAGGAAGUGAAGGAGGAAGAGGAAGUGAAGGAGGAAGAGGAAGUGAAAGAGGGGCAAGAAGGGAAGGCGGAGGAGGAGGAAGGGGAGGAAGUGGAGGAGGGGGAAGAAGGAAAGAAGGAGGAGGAAGUGGAGGAAAAGGAGGAAGCGGAGGAAGGGAAGGCAGCAGCCGAAGAUAUGGAGGCUGGUGCUGAUGCUGCCGCCGAUGAAAUAGAUCUUGCCUCUGUCAUGUCGGACUCCAGUGCAGCUGAUGGCACUCGGGAAGAUGACCUUGAGCUGACAGGAACCGUUCAACAUGCGGAGCACGAGGACCGAAACGAAGCAGCAGUGAGUGAAGGUGAAACCGCGACUGUGCCGGAAGCGCUGGCUGUUGGUGUGGAGGUGGCAUCAGCCAGUGCAGGAGUGGAGCUCGGUUGCCUUGGUAAGGCGAUGUGUGUGGAGGAAGCUGAGACUGCCCUGAGAGUUGAGUCUGGCAGUGCAGCUCUUGCUGACAAGAAACAGACAGUUGAGGAGGUUGCGGGGGCGGCUGUGGUUGUAGGGGAGGGAGAAGUGGAGACUGUCGAGGAGACGCAGGAGAAGGAAGAUGCAGGAGUCGCAGCUUCUGACCCUGUGCAAGCACCUGAAGGGACGGAAGGCGCGGAAGACAUGGAGGUCGCGGAAUGCCAAGCGGGCGGUGCUGACCGUGAGGAGGGGAGGACCGCACGUGGUGCUGAGCUGGGAGUGCUGCCGACGGUAGAAUCUGGCGCGGUAGAAUCUGGCGCGGUAGAAUCUGGCGCUGUAUCUAUGCCACAGAGGGACGUGAGUGGAAGCUGUGCGGAUGGUCAUCGUGAGGCAGAUGAGAGGAGCGUUUCAAGGGAGAGUGCUGAAACUGGUGUGCUGGAGGCGGCUGUACUGUUCGAGGAGGUUGUUGCCGGGUCAAAGGAAUUCGUUACAGGAGUGGAAGGGGAGGAGAAGGCGGAGGACGAGGAAGUGGAGAAAGAGAAAGAGGAAGAGGGGGAGGGGAAGGAAGUAGAGGAGGAAAGGGAGGAAGUAGAGGAAGAGGGGGAGGAGAAGGAAGGAGAGGAGGAGAAGGAGGAAGAAGAGGAAGGGGAGGAGGAAGUAGAGGAAGGGAAGGAGGAAGUGGAGGAAGGGGAGGAGGAAGUAGAGGAAGGGGAGAAAGUCGAGGAGGGGAAGGAGGAAGUAAAAGAUGGGGAGGAAAUGGAUGAGGGGGAAGUGGAAUUAGAGGAUGGGGAGGAAGUGGAGGAGAGGGAGGAGGAAGCAGAGGAGGAGAAAGUGGAGGAGGGGAAGGAAGUGGAGGAGGGGGAGGAAGUGGAGGAGGGGGAGGAUGUGGAAGCAAGGGAGGCUGUAAGCAUGGAGGUAGUCAUGGGGACUGACAGUAACACGGCAGCAGAGGGUGAUGAGCACCGGGUUGAGGAAGAGGAAGUGGGUGGUGUUGGCAUGGAGAGUGACUCGCUCUCACAGGGUGUGAUGGAGGAGAAACUGGUGCCGGGAGUAGAUGGAGGCGAGGAGGACAGUUGUGGAGGGACAGAGAUUGCUGAACCCGCUGCUGAUGCUGCUGUGCCAGAGCCGCCGGAAGCUGACUCUGAACCUGAGGAAGCUGGAGAAGGAGCCUUUUUAGAACGGGCCGACGCAUUGCUGGCAAAGGGCAUCAGUGAAGAGAGGAGGGAAGAGCGAAGAGACGGUGAUGGAGAGAGUGAGGCUGAAGACAUGGAGAUUGAGGAGGAAGAGGAGGCAGAGAAGGCGGAGGAGGAAGAGGAGGCGGAGGAGGAAGAGAGGGCGGAGGAGGAAGUGGGGGCGGAGGUGGCAACUGCAGGUACUGUGGCUGAGUGUGCCGAGGAGUUGGACGCGGUGGGGAUUGGUGCUCUGCACGUGGGAUCAUCCAAGUCAGAGGACCUUGAGGGGACGCCAGUUCCACAAGGCGCAGAGGCGGGUAGACAUACGGAGGUAGUAGAAACGUCGGACGCGUCAGAAGGAUCAGAGGCAGCAGAACGGCUGGAGGUAGCCGAGGCCGUUGAGAGCAGCUUGGGCGUGGUGGGAGAUCCAGUUAGUGCAACCGCUGCGGGUAAUGCGCUGCUGUGUGAAGGUGACUCUGUGGUUGAGGAGGGAGAGGAGGAGGAGGAGGGAGAGGAGGAGGGAGAGGAGGAGGGAGAGGGCAAGGAGGAAGGGGAAAAGGAGUUGCGAGAGAAGGAGCAAACGGAGAAUGAAAAGGAGGCAAGGAAGGAUGCAGGGUUGAAGGGGGAGAGUGAAGAGAGGGAGGAGAGUGAAGAGAGGGAGGAGAGGGAAGUGGCGGAGGAGCGGGAAGAGAGAGAGGAGAAGGGAACGCAAGUGAGUGGUGAUUUGAAGCAAGGCGGUACGGACAGAGCAGCAGGGCAGCACAGGGAUGUCACUGGGGGUGGAGAAGCGGUGCAUUCUAGGGCGCAGGGUGCGAAACCGGACGAGGUGGGAUCAACCCCGAGCUUCAAUAGAGAGGAAACAAGCUUCCAUGGUUUUGGUAUCAAUACAGAGGAGCAGACCUUUCAUGGUUUCCCAAUAGAGAGGGAGGAGAUGACCGUGCAUGGGCUUAGGGUGCUUCGCAGCAGCAGCAGGAUAGCGGCCAGUGCAAGGAAAGCCCCAGCUGUUAGUGCCAGCAAAGCAACGGGCAGCCGGACAAGAGGCAGAGGCAGGGUUAAGAACCCGGGCGGUACCGAGGUUGCUAGUGCUGCUGGGACUGGCAGGAGAAGGGGCCGACGACAGGCUGCGACUGACCAGGCGGAAGGGGAUUUUGCUGCUGCUCGUAGCUUUGCUGCAGCAGGGGCGUUGAUAGAGGAGGCGGGUGGUGACGAAGCUGAUGCUCGUGUGGAGGCCGUGGAACUGACUCAAACGUCACCGGAUGCUGCUGUGAGGACUUGUGAGAAGAUGCCAGAGUCGCUUGAUGCUGCUGUUGAGGCUGUGGGGCUCACCCAAGAGUCACUGGGUGCUGUUGAGGGGACUUGUGAUACGGAUCGAAAGUCAAGUGUUGCUGCUGUCGCGGGAGAACCAAGUGUGGUUGCUGAGGAGGUGGUGGGGUUGGGAGAGACGGUGACGGAAGCAGAGCAGGAGGCGAGGGAGGAGGCGGAGCGGGAGGCGGGGGAGGAGGCGGAGCGGGAGGCGGGGGAGGACGAGAGGGAGGAGGCGAGUCACGGUAGCGGGAAGAACGAAGAGUCAGGGCAAAGCAGCAAGGAGAACGAGGUGCAAGGAGUAAAGACAAAGGCUGCUGAAACUCAGAUAGAGGAUGUGAAUGGAGACGAGAAGUCAGGUGAGGAGAAAGAUGGUGCCACAGGCAGGAGGAACUGUGUGCUGGCUCGGCUCAGGGCGCAGGGCGCUGCUGCUGCUUUUGGGGGCACUGCCUCUGGCAGGGGCGCGGUUGAAGGCGCGAAGAGCAGGGCGGAGGGAGAUGAGAUUCUGCAGCAGCUACGGAAGAACGGCAGGAUGAAGAGAGUGAGGGGGAUGGGAGGUGCCGCGGGAGGAGGGGGAGGAGGGGGAGGGUUCUUGGCGGAGCUGAGAAGCGCACUGGCGCGGCAUGGCGGGCAUGAGGAGCGGGAGGAUGGGGAAGUGGCGGUGGAGGGGAGGGAGGGAGAUGAGGAGGGGAAUGAGAAGAAAGGGGAGGAGGAGGAAGAACAGAGGCGCGUCGUGGUGACGAGUGGCGGGGAGGAACGGGAUGAAGGGGUUGUUUCGGGUGGUAUAAGUUCCAUUUGUGUGGUAGGGGGAGCGGAUAAAAGUGCAGAGGAUGAGGCAGAUGCUGACGAGCCUUUGGACGGUGUUGCUGCUGCGGCUGUUGAAGUAGAUGCUGCACUUGAAGACGUGGAUGAUGCAGCUGAUGAGGUGGAAGGUGCAGUCGAUGAUGUGGAAGCUGCAGUUGAUGACAUGGAUGUUGCAGCUGAUGACAUGGAUAUUAUAUCUGAUGACGAAGGCACUGAAGCCGGUGGCGACCAUGUGUCCGGAGCCCGUGGUGGAAGUGAUGGGGAUGGUGAGUGUGGAGGAGAUGACAGGGAUGAUGUUGAAGAGACGGAGCAUGUACGUGCAGAGAGUGACAGGAGUUUUUUGCUUUUGGCCGGUGAUAGUUUACAGGAGCAAGCAAGAGAAUGUACUGUGAGAGACGACAAGGAGGAAGGAGAGACGGAAGACGAGGAGGAGGAGGACGCGGAGGAGGAAGCGGAGGAACAAGACAAGGAGCAGGGUAGUGAGGCGGUAGGUGAAGAAGGCAUGGGGCAGGAGCAACUGGGGGGUGCCGACGGAACGAGUGGAGAAGGGGAGGCAGACAAGGAUGGUACAGCUUGCAGUGAUACUGCUGCAGAUGCUAGCACUCCGCAUACUGCUGCUGAGGCGAAGGAAAUUCAAGGUCCCACACCAGUUCCAGGGGGCUCCAUUCCUAGCGCAAUCAGAUCCACAGCGCUGAAGGCCCCAGUCAGCACACCACUAACUUCCGCCUCAGGACUGGAAACCCCGGCCUUGGAAUCAGCUGCGGUUCGUUGUGUCUCACUGGCACAAGGAGGGCCAGCAGCAGCAGCCCCUACUGUUGCGGCGUCCAGGAUUGUGGGCCAAGGAGGGAGGAUAGUGGGCGCCUCUCGGAUUCUGGGAGGGGGGCUUCUUACUGGUGCGGUGACAGCUGCUGGUGGUGCUGGCAAUGCGGCUGGUAGCGGUUUGGGGGUCAGUGGUGGAAGGAGUGUGGUGGCUGGUGCUGGAAGCAAUGCAGUAGGAGGAGCAGGAGCAACGGGAGGAGCAGCAGGGGCAACGGUGGGGGCAGCCGGAGCAGUGGUAGGAUCACGUUUUGCUACUUCAACCACCUCGUUUGUGUCGCUGAUAAUGAAAGCCCAGCCAGCCCCACCCCCUCCUGCCUCUGGGAAACAGAACGUCCAAGUGAAAGCACUAGCAGCGGCUGAGGCAGCACGGCUGGAAGCAGAGCAGAAGGCGGAGGAGAGGAGUCAGAGGCGGAUAGCGCUGGAGAAGCGGCGGGAGGAGCGAGGGAAGGCAAAAGCGGAAGGGAAAGAGGGCGUUUUGGAGGCAGCAACGGGUGUGGCAGGGAGGAAAGGGCGGGAAAGAGGGGUAGCCGUUGCAGACCAACCCCCUGCCACUCCGAAAGGCGCAGGUGGAGUGCGUGUGGGGGUUACUGAUGCUGCAGAAGCACGGGGAACGGGUGUGAAGACGAGAUCUGGAAGGAAAGUGGAGGUAGGGAUGAGUGAGCGGGAGGGCGUACAAGGGAAGAUGCAGAAAGCUAUGCAGACUAGGAAGGAGAUGGAGGAGGAGAAGGCGAGGAGGUUGGAGGAGGCGCGGGAGAAGGAGGAGGAAGAGAGGAGGAGGAAGGAGGAGGAGCGGGCAGCGAGGAAGAGAGAGAGGGAGGAGAUGGAGAGGGCGAAGGUGGAGGAGAAGAGGAGGCGAGUGGAAGAGGCGGCAAAGGCGAAAAAGGAGAUGGAGGAAAAGGCAAGACAAGAGCACAUGGAGAAAGAGAGAAUCAGGAAAGCCAAGGAAGAGGAAGAGAGGGCCAAGAAGGCCGCAGAGGAGGAGGCGAAGCGGCAGAAGCGGGCAGAGCGGGAGAAGGAGGCGGAGAGGCGGAGGAAGGAGGAGGAGCAGCAGAAAGCAGCGAAGCUGGCUGAGAAAGAAGCAGAGAGAAAGAGGCGGGAGGAGGCAGCAGAGGCAGAGAAAAGGCGGAAGGAGGAACUGGCUGUGCAGCACAGGAGGGAGCACGAGGAGAUGGAGAUGCGGAGGUUGCAAGACGCCAGAAAAGGGGUAAGCUUCUUUGACAACUCUGGGAGAAUAGAGCUCUAUGUCAGUAUGCUAUAG